CCAGACUAAAGGCGUUGGUGCAGACAGUAUGUUAUAGAUAUAAAGCCAGGGGCUUUUAAUUCUUGGAAUGGCCACCAUAGAAUGUCUUACCAUCCUUGAACAGACAUCAUCGACCUUGAUCGAUUUCUCCAUAAUGCCAACAGCACCUUCAACCGCCCCCUACCGCCAAGUUCGUGCCUGUUGCAAUGACACCACUAUAAUAGUGUACCAAGCCUACAAAGAAUCCAUUGCUAAAGCUGCUGUAGAUGCGCAGAAGCUCAAUGCAUCCCCGGAUUUCAAAUCAGGUCGAAUGACAUGGAUCAAGCCCAGUUGGGCAUGGAUGAUGUACCGCGCCGGGUACUCUUACAAAGACCCUGGCCAAUCCCGCAUCUUGGCUUUGCGAAUGAAACACGAGCACUUCAUCACCCUCCUUGAGCGAGGUGUGCUAUCAAGUCACGCUCAUAAGCUCAGCCCCGGCGAGAAGCGUGAGACGACGGUUGAUGUGAGAAUUCAGUGGGACCCUGAGCGGACAGCAAAGCUGGAGGUAUUGCCAUAUAGAAGUAUUCAAAUCGGCAUUCCAGGAGCCCUAAGUGAGCAGUGGGCGAAUGAAUGGAUUGUUGAGAUUGAGGAUGUCACGGAUAAGGCACGUGAGCUGAAGAGAGUGAUCGAUGAGCGGCCAGGUAUCACCGACGAAGAACUGCUGAGUAUGGGUCUGAUAUUCGAGGAGAGGCCGUUCGAGGUGCCAGAAGCAGUUCAUACCAAGCUGGAAAUGACAGAUGUUCCUGUAUAAUAGUAACAAGCGAAAUCCCGAACCAAGUCUGUCUCUGUCCUCAAAACCAGGUAUUGACUUUCCGGCUAUUCUCAAUCUCCAAAGUCAAACUGUAGAAUAAACUCGAAUACCUGCUCUCAAUUCCAAGUUUCGCCGUCACGAUAUCUGGAACUCUCCACUCCAGCCUUCGCUGUGUUUUGUCCAGAACUCUUGAAAAGUCCUG